AUGAGAAUGAGGAUCAUGCGUGGCGCAAAUGAAGUCCUGGUGGACCGUCAGAGAAAGCAGUUUGGAAUGCUUAGGCCGAGGAGCAAUAUAGGAUAUGGACCAUUCCGUCCCGCUGCCGACGCCCCUUCCCUUCCUUUCGCCCCUUCCUCCUCCCCCGACAUGGCCAAUUAUCUACCAGUUCUCCUCGUCAGCGUCACAAACGCCGUCCCAGACGACUCUUUCGUAACAACUCAACCACAGGCCCAGGUCGACUAUCUCUCCCAUGACUGGCAGGAGGAGGAUGUCUGGAAGUCAUGGCGGAACAUGACCAGGCAGAAGAACGAAAUUGCAAACGGUAUCAGACUCGAGAAUGCAUCCUGGAGAACCUGGUGGAAGCAGAGAAAUAAGCUUAAGACCGUCACCCCAGAGACACUCAACUGGCUGAAAGACUCAGACGUGACGUGGCUCUACGGUCCAUUACACACUGAAAUAGAGUAUAAGCCCCCACCAAAGGCCCCGGCUGUCUCAGAAUCUCGCUCGUCAUCGUCCAACGUCGACCAGCGACCGCCCACCAAACCAAUCCUCAAGCAUCGCAGCAUCAGCCAGCUACUCACCAGCGACCUUCCGAAUUCACCGAUUUUCAGCCCUCCAGAAUCCGACGACGAAGAUUCACAUUAUUCCCCCAUUCUCGACCUCAUCACCCGAGAAAAACAAAACUCGUCACAGAAGCAUAUCCCAAAGCGGCCUACACUACAACAUACCAAGAGCGACACUCAUAUCACACGUUGGGGUCCAAAUCGGGCAUUCAGGAAAGAUUCCCCUCCACGAAUAGACCCUCCAGGCCAACGCAGUUCCCAAGGCUAUUUCCCAAGGGUCUCAGCCGGCGGUCCCGUACGGAGCUCCCUAUCCCAGGACUCAACCUCCAGCACAGCCAAUUCCCACUCUGGCGAGCGAACAACGAAGAAGAAGCAUAUCACUUUCAACACUUUCGUUGAGCAGUGUAUCGCUAUCGAAAAGCCAAAGCGCAGUUCCUCGUUCUAUGGAGAUGCUUGGGGUCCUGGCCGGACCUAUGACUUUGAUGAUGGCUACGAGGAAGAUCAGGAAGACUGUCCCGAGGACGAGGCGGAUCUUGCCCAGGGCUGGAGCCACCAGCGGAUAUCCAACGGAGGCAGCGAUUCCGACUCGCCAUACGAAGACGAAGAAGACGGAAUCAUUGAGAUGCGCUCCUCCUAUCGCGCGAAUAAAUCGCCAAGAUCAGUUUCUAAAGUAUCCAAUGCAUCGUCUUCCUCAUCCGUCUCCACUGCCUCAUCUACCACCAACUCCACAAACAAUUCGUCAUCACCCUCCCGCCCCUCUGGUUCUUCAUCCAAGCGACAACCCUUGCGGCGCAAAGCCAGCACCAGCACCUACCGACCAAGAGCACCAGUCCAUGUGACAAUUGCCCCAAUCGCUCCAACCGUCCUUAAGACCACCGGACUGUGGGAAGAAGGCUUUGGAGACGAUGGGAGCGACGAUGGGUAUGGAUGGAGAGACCGGAUGUGGGAGUACGGUAGCGGUGGCAAGAAGUCAAGGGACAGGAGCAGGUCAUCAGACGCUGACCAGGGCUCGGACGGUACGCCGGUCGAGUUGGUCUGGGUCCCUCCCUUCAGCGGUCGAUAUUCAUACAACUAUGCUGUCGGGGACCUGGACGACGAAACCCUGGAACUUGGCGGCUACGAGGACGACUUGGAGGAGGACUUUGCUUCUGGGCUCGCCGACUCUCGCAGAUACAAAGAAGAAAUCGACUCGACCGAGGUCUACCACCACCGGAACCCUGUUGUUGGCAGCGUUGGAUUUGAAGAUUAUUCCGUUAGCCCAGAACCCACGGAAAGCGCUAGCAGCAUACCGAUCCCCAUCCCACUCCACCCCGUCGACGAAGACACCGCCAGCCUAGAAACUGAGACGCUCGAAUACUCUUCCCGUGGCAACGACGGAAUUCCCAAGGUAGUCGUGCAACCUAACCACCACGACCAGGAUGACGAUGAGUUCGACAUGUUCGGUGGCCCACUUAUUGGCGGGGAAUACAUGAACGCUGGGCCGUCUCGGGGCCGUCAGCCCUAUAGCGCACGGUCAAAAGGUCCCGGUCGUGGACAGUCAUCGUCCCAAUCUGGAUCCCGUGGUCGAUCGUCAACGCGGACACCCUCGUCAUCCACAUGGGAUAGUAGCGCAAGUCCCCUGGGCAGCCUUUCUCCCGAUGCCUCCAUCUCCCCUCGGAUCGGAAGCGCAUACACCGGCAACGGCAGAGUCGACAAACGGGAUAGAGACAGCAGGCGGGGUAGAGAAGGCGGACGCGAACGCGAGCGAGGGCGCAGUCAAACUACAGACAAGAGACUAAGUGUCAGCGUCAGCAGUAGUCCUGAACCCCCUCGGGUUCCUGCUCCUAAGGACGAUGCCGCGGCGACAGCACCCAAGGUCUCCUCAACGCACCGCCCACCUACCGAAGCCUGCUUCUCUUCGGCAUCCUCCACGAGUACUAUCAUGCCUGAUCCUGACAGUGUGUCAGAGGAAGCUGAUCGGGAAGCCGAGUAUAUGCGUUUGGCCGAGGAAGAAAUGCGCCGCAAAUCGACGCCGACGCCCUCGAAUUCACCUGUCCUGGAAAUGCUUCCUGCCCUCCGCCACGAUCGCAAUGACCACGACCGGACGCCUACGCCGCCUACCGUCCCUGCACCCACUCCGGUGUGUCCCAUCGUAACCGAAGCCCGUGCCAAAUCAUACUCGCCUUGUCGGACGUCGCCUUCGCCUUCAAAGACGAGACCUCCACCACUCGUUCCUUCUCCGUCACAUGCGGCUCCUCAGAGCACGUCGUACACGGCUGUCUCGAGUCCCAGUCCCGCUAGCCCGAAACCAUCUGCGUCACCCCAUCUCAGCGUGGUUGGUUCUGCGACUUCCCCAACGAAUGAGGCUCGCCCGACCUUGCAGAGGUCGCCAGAGUCGGGUUCGUCAGAUUCGUCUUUGAUGGGCAAGGCGGCGGAGAUGGUGAACAGUGCAGGGGCUUUCCUUGGGUUAUGGAAUCACUCGUAA